GAAUGUUAACUUCAAGCCUGGAUUGGGGAGGGGCAAAGAACUCGGCUUGGGGCUGAUCUGUUUGGUUGCCCGGGGAAAGAAAAUUGCAGGGGAAUCUCUUUUUUUGGUGUGUGGAAGUCCGCUGGCGGUCGAGAUUUUCAGGGAAUGCCUGAGAGAGAGAGGCAAACCUACAAGGGGGAACCGGUAGAUCCCGCAGUGAACAGAGAGAGAGAGAGACAGGAACAGUAGCAAGAAUUUUUUAAAAAAAAGGCGGUGCAAAGUGAGUUGAUGCAUUUUAAGUGUCACGGCAGAAACGUUGGGAAUAUUUGAAGGGAAGAGUUGAUUUCUCUCUCCCUCUGUCUUUCACUAUCACUGUGACCCAACAUGUCCAGUCCGGGGCUGUGCGUAGAACAGUAACACCGGGAAAUCUAGAUUGGGGGGGAGAGAGAGAGAGUGUGUCUUUAUGCAGAGAGGUGGCACAUUUGCAAAGUUUUCCAGGCGAGCAGAGAGGAUUGGUACACCGUACGAGAUGCAUGGGGCCAGAGAGAGGCGUCUUCUGCUGUGGCUCAGUUGCUGGUCAGUUUCUUCGUUAAUUUCCUUGCGGUUCCAGCCGGGGUCGGCGCAGCGGUCAGCGGCCACAGAGGACAACUGGAGGCAGAUGAUUCGCUGGGAGAACAACGGCCGUGUCUACAGCCUGCUGCACAGCGGCUCUGAGUACCUCCCUGCCGGUCAGCACCCAGCCCGGAGCAGCCCCAGGGUAUGGCUGGGAGGUGCCAGCGGCCGGGAUCCCAACAGGAGGCAGCUCCAACGCCCCGGAGCCAAUCACGGGCGUCGCCAGGCUCCAGCACAGACGGGCAGAGUGGCCUCGGAGACGGUGAGAGGUCAGACCAGGCACCCUUUCGGUUUCGGGCAGGUGCCCGACAACUGGAGGCAAGGCACUUUCGGGGACCCCAGCAACACCCACCGGUAUGUGCCCCCCUCCACCAGGCAGGAAACCAGGUCCAGGCAACACCAGCCGGUCAGCUCCUUUGCGGAUAGCCCUUAUGCUCAGCCUCCUUACCAACGUUACCCAUUGGCCCACCAACCAUCCUAUCCCAGCUCCUAUGACUCCGGCUAUGAGCACGGGUCACCCAGAGUCUUUGAUGCUAUGGAUGAAAGUGUGCCCUAUCGGAGAGUGCCCAGCGGUUUACCCCCUGAAGGUAGGGGGUAUGCCUUAAUGCCCAGGACAAGAUAUGAUGAGUACAGAGAAAAUGUCUACCCGUACAGGUCCCAGGGCCAAUUCCCCAGCCAGGAGAGGUACCACCUUCCCCAGCAACCCCCGGCCUUGGACGGGCUCGAUCGGAGAUACAUGCACAGCCUUUAUGACGAGAGCAGGGGACAGAGUCUCCCAGCGGCCGAGUCUCCGUCCUCCCUUUCACCAUCUGAUGGAAACCCUAGCCUUCAAUCGCCAGGCCCAUCCUCAGAGGUUGGCCACUUGGGCCCAAGAGUCAUCACCGACAGAGCCGGUGCCGGAAGCUACCCGUUCAACCGCAAUGUGCCGGUGGACCCAUACGCCUCGUCCCGGUAUAGUGAGCCGAAUGCCCCCUCCACCGGUUUGGACCAAUACACACUGCGGCGAGUGGAUCCCAAUGGAGGGGCCGAGCAGCUGAGACGCCAUGUUCCCCUACCGCGUAUGGCCCUGGGGAGUGUGUAUAGACCAGACCAAAGCAGCAGAGGUUUGCCUGACUUGGUACCAGACCCAUAUUACGUCCAAGCAUCCACAUACGUGCAGAGGUCUCAUUUGUAUUCCCUACGGUGUGCAGCAGAAGAGAAGUGUUUGGCAAGCUCUGCGUAUGCUUCUGACGUCACGGAUUACGACAUCCGAGUUUUGCUGCGGUUUCCCCAGCGGGUCAAGAAUCAGGGGAUUGCUGACUUCCUUCCGAACAGACCUCGUCACUCCUGGGAGUGGCACAGCUGCCACCAGCACUAUCACAGUAUGGAUGAGUUCAGUCACUAUGACCUACUGGAUGCAGCUACUGGAAGGAAGGUGGCUGAGGGACACAAAGCCAGUUUCUGCUUGGAGGAUACCACAUGUGAUUUUGGCCAUCUGAAACGUUAUGCCUGUACAGCGCACACUCAGGGUCUAAGUCCUGGUUGCUAUGAUACCUACAAUGCGGAUAUAGAUUGCCAAUGGAUUGAUAUCACAGAUGUCCAGCCUGGGAAAUUCAUAUUGAAGCUUCAAGUGAACCCCAACUAUCUUAUACAAGAAUCGGAUUUCACAAACAAUGUUAUCAGAUGCAACAUUCACUACACGGGGCGUUACGUGGCCACUACAAAUUGUAAAAUAACACAGUCGUGAUCUACAAGGUUUCAAUUUAAAAACACUACACUGUAUACCCUGAGCAAACAUCUGGUGCGUGUGGAACUUGAUCGUACAAGCAGCUGUGAUGUUUGGUAGCCAUCAUCAAGAAUUAACAGGACUUCAGUCAUAACCAAAGAAUCUGCCUGUGGAGCUGCAGGAUAUUGAGCCAACAACUGCAAAUAAACCUUGACACGGACUAGGCACCAGAUUAUUUCCAGUGAGGUUGUGCAGGGCGUCUGAGAAAUGUUCUAUUAUAAUUAGCAACUCUGGUAUGAAGUGGGCUUGCCUUAUUUGCAAAAGAAUCACUUCAGUUACACUUUCAGGAGUCAACUACAAAACCGUUCCAUUAUUCAGUGAGAUCAUGACAGAACUUCUGCAUCAACUCAGCAUUCUCACCCUAUCUCUUCUUUUCCUUAGUUUCUAAAAAUCUGUCAAGGCCGAUUUUGGUUAUGCUCAAUGACUGAGCAUCCUCAGUCUUUCAGGUUAGAAUAUCCCAAAAAAUCAUAACCAUCCGAGUGAAGACGUUUUUCCUCAUCUUAGCCCUCAAUGGCUGCCCUGUAUGCUUUUUUUAUUCAUUCAGGAUGUGGGCAUCAUUGGCAAGGCCAGCAUUUGUUGCUCAUGUCUAAUUGCUCAAAGGGGAGUUAAGAGACUGGGGGUCUGGAGUCACAUGUGUGCCAGACCAGGCAAGGAUGGUAAUUUCCUUCCCUAAAGGGCAUUAGUGAACCAGAUGGGUUUUUCCAGGCAAUUGGCAAUGGAUUCAUGGUCAUCAGUCUCUUACUCAGAUUCUUUAUUGCAUUCAAAUUCCACCAUCUGCCAUGGCGAGAUUUGAAACCAGCCCCCUAGACCAUUUGCUGAGUUUGCAGAUUAAUUGUCUAGUGAUAAUACCACUCAGCCACUACCUCCCCCUUUAUCAUAAGAACGGGGAGAGAAGUGAGCAAUUCAGCCCCUCAAGCCUGCACCAUUCAAUACAAUCAUACCUGUUGUCACCUUGGCUUCACCUCCACUUUUCUGCCCGCUCUCCUUAUCCCUUCAACCUGUUUCUAAUUAAAAAAUCUAUCUCCCCCUUAAAUUCUGACUCCUGGUUCUAGACUCUCCAGCCCAAAGAGACAGUCUCUCCCCAUCUGCACUCUCAAACCUUUGCAGGUUUUUAUUUUACCUCUCAAUAAGAUCAUCUCUCAUUCAUUCAGGGUCAUUCUGUGCGGAGUUUUCACGUUCUCCCCUGUGUCUGCUCUGGUUUCCUCCCACAGUCCAAAGAUGUGCAGGCCGGAUGGAUUGGCCAUGCUAAGUUCGCAUAGUAUUCAGGGGUGUGUGGGUUAUAGGGGGAUGGGUCUGGGUGGGAUGCUUCAAGGGGCAGUGUGGACUUACUGGGCCAAAGGGCCUGUUUCCACACUGUGGAGAAUCUUAAAAAAAAACAAAUAUACCCCUACUUUUCAUUCUUGGUCAUCAGUCCAUUGUAGGAGCACGCUUUGAUACCCUUGAUUGUGGAGAAAGCAAAUUUCUCAUUUGUAGGCAAUAAAUUAACCAUGCUUAGUGAAUGGAUUAUGUGUCCCAUCUACUCGAACAGUCUCAAAGGCCUAAUGUCCUACUCCUCUUCCUGUGUGCCCAGUGUUCUUCUACACUCUGAACAUGGCCCCUGUCUUUUUACAGAUGCAGACUGAUGUCGAUUCAUAGUCGCACAGCACAGGAGCAGACUCUUUGGUCCAAUUCAUCCAUGCCCACCAGGCAUCCUGAAUUUAUCGAGCCCCAAUGCCAGCAUUUAGCCCAUACCACUCUAAACCCUUGCUAUUAAGAUGCCCAUCAUUAAAUGUUGUUGUUGCACCAGCCUCCACCACUUCCUCUGUCAGCUCUUUCUAUUACAGAGGAAGUGGUGGAGUCUGGUGUAAUUACAACAUUUAAAACACAUCUUAUGGGAACAUGAAUGGAAGGCUUUGGAGGGAUAGGGGCCAAAUGCUGGCACAUAGGACUAGACUAAUUCAGGAUACCUGGUCAGCAUGGACGAGUGGGACUGAAGCGUCUGUUUCUGUGCUGUACCACUCCAAGACUGUGAGUCAUUCAGCACCUGUGAAAAGGCAGGGACAGUGUUGAGAAUGUAGAAGGAUUCUGGACACAGGAGGAGGAGGCAUUAUUACAAAUCUUUGUUCUUUUUACUUGUGUUCUGAAUCAAAAUAAGAAGCAAGAAUAGAAGAACAUGAGUGUUGAUGAAAAAAGGCACUUUUGUUGAAGCUUUUCAUCUUACAUUCAUCAAGAUAGUUCACAGAAAAUGGCAAAGGAAGGGGUAAACAUCAUUUAUAAUGUAUGAGAAGAGUGUGCUGGAAAUCUUAAAAGAAAACUCCCAAAUUGCUUUACAUGCUCAGAGAAUUUAAUGUUUAUGAUGUUUUGGAUGUAUAGCACUUCACCAGAAUUGUAAAUGUAACAGAAUUGCAUAAAAUUUGGCCAGGAGAAAGAUAAAUGUAUGUUACGGUGGAUAGAAAACCAAGUGAGAUAUCCGUUGAGGACCUCCUCCCUGAAUACUGUUGUUUUAAGCCUCCUUUUUGAUGUUCCUUCUCAGUUGAUUAAGUUUGUCUUUUCGCCUCCUUAUCCUCCCUAGUUUUAAAAAUCAGAAUUCAUCUCCUCACUCAUUCAAUGGAUGUGGAAAGACUGGGAAUCACCUCAUACAUAGUUAAUUUUCUCCCAUAAGAUACACAUUUGUAGUGACCUGAUCGUUACCCCUUGACUCUCUCGCCUUUUACAAAGCCAACAUGUGCCGCUAUGGUGACCUCAAUGGAGUUAAUGUUCUGAAGUUCUUCAUGAGAGCUCGUACCUGCACCAGCUGCCAGAACAGAGAUAUUGGGGAAGGUGAUCAAAGAGGUAGGUGUUAAGCAGAUGUUAACAGAGGAGCCAGGGAGGCUGUGUGAUGCAGUGGGUAUUGUCCUUACCUCAGACCCAGGAACUCAUGUUUGCGACCCCAGUCCGGGGCUCGAUGACCAUGUAGGUUGAUUAUCAACCUGAAAAUCAUUUGGAUGGGUGCUAAUAGCUGGGAAUUAAGAUUGGGAGAUGGUCUUGGUCAGACAUGGGACGGAAAGAAAGCUGGAACCAUCACUAUCCAUCUAGCUCCAGACUGCAAAGUAAGAAGUCACAUGACCCCUUUCAGAGCACUGCUCCUUUGUCAAGUGACCUGAUGAAGCAGCGCUCUGAAAGCUUGUCAUCUCAGAUAAACCUGUUGGACCAUAACCUGGUGUCCUAUGACUUCUGACUUUGCCCACCACAGUCCAAUGCCAGCACCUCCACACCAUGACUCCAGCCUGCAGGCUGUGGAAGUACAGUUAUGGCAACUUAGAUUCUCUGAGUGAACACAUCCUCUAAGGGAGGAGAGAGAAUUUUGUAGACCUGGGGCAGAAAGCUUAAAGUUAUGGCCUGGACAGCUGCAAACACAUUUUAAAAUUACUUUUUAAUGUAUUCCUGACGAUACGGUUUUUAUCUUUACAAAACUAUAUAACUUAAUCUUUCGAGCAACUUUGAAUUCUCUCCUUUUAUCUGUAUCUUGGCUAAAGUUCCUCCAACACUUUUAUUUCUCAACUAAAAAAGUCCAAAUCUUCUGAUUUAUAGGAUCAAAGUAAGUGAAGUACUUUUCAGCUGAACACUUUCAAGUUCAAUAUCAUUGUUAUGUAACCUGUGAUUUAACCUUGUGGAUUCAAACACUGUGUGUUAUGUUUUUGAAUAAGCCUCUGUAGAAAUCAUGUCAAUAUGUCCACACAGUGUUUCCUUUCCAAUCCUACAUCAACUUUGAUGUGUGUUUUUUUGUCUUAAAAUGAAGCCAAUUUCAUAGCAAUCUGCCAAGGAAGAAUUGUUUGUAAAUCAUUCCAGGAUACUGUAACGAUUGAUUUAUGAAACUAACCUUGAACUGAUGAGGGGUCGAAAGGGGAAUAUAUAACUUUGUAUUUCUCCAUUAAGAUUUGAGGUGCAGCCCUCUUAGUACCCUCAUUAAUACAAUUCAUGGCUCAGAUUAAAAUCUAUUUUAUGUUUUCUACUGAUUACUCAAACAAUCCUAGUUCUCAGGCCUCUUGAGGUUUAGUUAUACCACACUGCUUUUAAAGACAGCUAAUUUACAAAGUAUUCCUGAUGAUUUCCAAGUUUCUUUGCAUUAGGAAGACGUCAAUUGUCCACUGUUUUAAGGAACAUUGAAUGAAGAGGAAGUAAGAAGAAACAGCUAGCAUUUAUAUCACACCUAUUGUGGCCUCAGGAUGUCCCAAAGUGCUUUACAGUCAAUUCUGAAGUCUGCUGUUGUCACUUCAGGAGCCAUUUGGGGCACAGCAAGACUCCACAAACAGAACAGCGAUCAUGAUAGACUUUUUUUGGAAAAUAAACGUGUGAAAUGCUCAACAGGUCUGGUAAUAUUUGAGAGGAGAGAAACAGAUGUUUUGUUUCUUGUGACUUCUCAGAAUUGGGGAAAUCAGGAUUUGGAACAAGCAAAAGUUGUGGGGGGUGGGUUGGGAGAGCCAAAGAACAAAAGAGAGUCAGUAAUAGAGGGCAGGAGAGAUUAAGUUACAAAGGAUUGAUGAAGUGAAUCCAAAGAGAGCAGUAGUAGGAGAAGUAAAGGAAUAAGAGAAAUCCAAAGGAAGUGUGAAUAGUACACAGCAUCUCGAGUGGCUGCUGUCUGAAAGCUAAGGAGAUAGGAGAUAAAAAAAACAGGAAGUCAACAAAAAUUGGUGAAGCAGUUAAAAGGUAAAAUUGUUGAAAUUGAUCUUGAGUCCAGAAGGCUAUAAAAUGCCCAAUAGAAAGACAAAGUACUCUUUGUUGAGCUUGUGUUGAUCUUCAUUAGAUUAUCUAUAUUUGUAAUGCGGUUUGAAGGAUAAAUAUUGUACAGAAAUCUAGGGAGAAUAAUCUACUCUUCUCCCACCAGUGCUCAGAGAUUUUUACAACCGCUGGAGAGGACAAGCUUAGCUUUUGUUUAACAUCUUGCCCAAAAGGAAUUUGGCUGAGAGAUAGAAAAUAUCCCCACUGUAUAGCAGGAGAGAAGAAAGUCUACCUGUUAUUCCUGGGCCUCAGAAUAAGCGGGAAGACAUCUUUAUGUAAUGAUAAGACAAUUUCAUAACUUAAAGGUAAAGUUGCCAUAGUACCGCUCGCGCUCUCAUUAGAGAGAGAGGUGACUGAACGGUGAUUUAAGCUGAGGGUCACCUCACCUCAGGCAAGGGAUUGAAAAAUUAGCACCUUCAUGAUAACCUCAGCUAGUGCAGGAUUGAACACUCACUACUGGUAUCACUGUACAUUGUCAACUAGCUUCCCAGCCAACUGAGCUAAUAAGACAGUAAACCAUUUACAAACGUCCAAAUUAUAAAUUAUUAGAAGGCUUCUGGUUAGUCCUUAAAGGCAAAGUUAAUUAGCCGUUGGUGAUCCUAAUGUGGCCCUUGACUCCUGUCUGUGUGAAAAUCCAAGCAUUUCUGCUAAAUUCACAGGGGUGGUUGGCAGGCUACUGACUGUUAAGGGUGUUGAACAUCUCUGGGGGAACUGCUGAUUAUAUUUUAACCCUUAGCAAUGAGGGCAGGAGGAACUGGUUCAAAAACUUCUUUCACAUUCUUGCCUGCUCUUUGCAUCAAAAUUGAUGCAGUAACUUUCUUGAUUUUUGCUUUGAAUGGAAUCUUUGUUUUGUGUAAAUAACUCACAACUGUAGUAAAAAGAAAAUCUUUACUACUGACUAAAAGAAAAUAAUGAUAUACUGUGUACCAGAAGGAACUGAAUGAAAUACAAGUGAUGGGGAGCAAUCAAGCUAUAGUUUUUACAAGGAUAACAGCACAAAGCAAUGAACUGGACACAACUGUACAUGAAUUGAUUUGUGCUUUUAUUCCAAACACUCAGGAACCAAAAACUGGAAAACCUGACAACAAACUUAACCCUACUGAAUGACUUGCCUUUUAACUGAACCAAAGUGAUUAAGAGAGAUAACAUUGCACUCAAAGGGUUUUGCCUGGUAACUAUGCAUAGACACCAUAUAAAUAUCAGAAAUAUUUCAUAAGAAAUAGAUAAUUUUUGCUCAACUUCUGUAGGUUGGAUGUUUAGUUACAAUAUUAAUGAGAAUA